CCGUUCAUAAUAGAGCGAUAGAGCUUUCCAGUCGGCGAGGCCGACACAAAAAAGGUGUGCGCGGAUCGCACUCGCCGACAAGUACUUCCGAAAGUCCGUCAAACGAUUGCGCAAGGCCCGAGUCAUGCCCAAGACCUUGCUGCAGUGCUACAACAAAGGGUGCCUAAAGAAAUUCGAUCCCGAUGAGAACGCGCCAGAUGCAUGUGUACAUCACCCGGGAAAACCUGUAUUUCACGAUGCCUACAAAAGUUGGUCGUGCUGCAAGGCCAAGACCACGGAUUUCACAGAAUUUCUAAACAUCAAGGGUUGUACAAAAUCGUACCAUUUGGACCAGAAGCCCCCAGAGUCGCCAAAACCAGAAAGAAAAAUUGAUCCUGAACUUGAAGCUCAACUUGAGGCUGCAAAUAAAGAGAAAGCAGCAGUGCGUGCUCAGAUAACUCCGAUUAUUAGACCUAAUGAGAAUGACCCACUGGUGCGGCUAAAAAGCUCCAUUGGUUCAAGCCUGACUCCUCUGCUGAGCAAGCUUUCCCUGGAGAAAAAGGUUGAUGCUCCUGAAAUUGAAGCUGAUAACAUUGUUACCGUUGGCACAACGUGCAAGAAUGCCGGUUGUCGGCAGACUUACAAAGGCGAACAAAGCAACCUGGACACCUGCUUCUACCAUGCAGGCUAUCCCAUAUUUCAUGAAGGGAUGAAGUACUGGACUUGUUGCCAGCGCAAGACGUCAGACUUUGCCAACUUUCUGGAGCAACAAGGUUGCACGUCGGGCAACCACGUGUGGAUAAAGAAGAAAACUGCCGAGGCACAGACGUCGUGUCGUUACGACUGGUACCAAACUGGAAAUUCUGUGGUGAUCAGCAUUUUUACCAAGGUGCCCAUACCCGAUGAAUCAUACGUGGAGGCAAACUCGGUCAAGUUACACCUGCACAUUACCUUUGGGGAAGACCGCACCAUCUACGAUGAAGUUAUGGUGCUUCACGGAGUAAUUGAUGUGGAGAAAAGUUUGGUGCAGUACCUUGGAACCAAAGUGGAAAUCAACCUCAAGAAAAGAGACGCUGUAGGCUGGAGACUGCUGACCCUUCCACCACAAAAGCCACGGAUUCAGGAUGGUGAUGGAGACAUUGAAGACUCAUGAAACAAGCCUUGUGCCAGAUAUGCUGCAUGGCUGCAGCUCGGGCAGCGAAAUGUCGAGACAGUUCAUCUAACUUAAUUGGAACAUCCUAAUCAAAGAACAUGUGGUUAUUAAAGAGAUUUGACUUUGUUUCACAUUU